AUGAAGUUGUCCAUUUGCGUCGUUGCGCUCUCCCUAACGGGCGGCGCGGUCGCGGGCACCGUGAUCUGGGAUGGGCGCUUCAACGACAUGAGCUCGGCCGCGGACCUGAACAAGUGGUCGUGGGGCAACCAGGUCGGGUCGUACCAGUACUACAUCCACGGCUCGAGCCCCGUCACCAGCUACGUCAACCUGUCGCCCAGCCACAAGAACCCGGCCGACACGGCGUCCAAGCAAGGGGCCAAGCUGACGCUGGACUCGACGGCGUACUGGAACGGCCAAAACAUGCGCCGGAUCGAGCUCAUCCCGCAGACGACGGCGCCCAUCAACCAGGGCAAGGUGUUUUACCACUUCAGCAUCAAGCGGACCGACGUCAACCCGCCCGCCACGACGCGCGAGCACCAGAUCGCCUUCUUCGAGAGCCACUUCACCGAGCUCAAGAGCGGCUGGCUGUCGGGCGCGGCGGGGACGUCGGACCCGGCCCUGCGGUGGAUGGUCAACCAGCAGACCAAGUGGAGCGUGGAGUGGGCCGCCGACGUCUGGCACAACGUCGCCUACGAGAUCGACUUCUCGGCCAACACGGUCGGCUUCUGGCACUCGACUGGGGGCAGCCCGCUCGAGCGGAUCGUGGCCCCCGUCUCCGUCAGCACCUCCAGCAACGGCGCCGAUUGGCACGUUGGCGUGCUCGAGCUGCCGCGCAGUGGGUACCCGGACGCCGUCGAGGACUUUUACUUUUCCGGCGUGUACAUCGAGACGGGGACCAUCACUACCGCCAUCGGGGACGGCAGCGGCUCUGCGCCGGAUCCCGAAGCGCCCGGCACCACUCCGGCGACCACUCCCACUACGACCAGGCCUCCUACCGUCACGACCCCGGUCACCACCACUCCGCGCCCGGCGACCACGACGCAACCGCCUGCGCAGCCGGGCCAGACCCGCUAUGGACAGUGCGGUGGAAGUGAGUUCCCUUGCCCCAAGUGCUUUUGA